GAAACAGGACAAUAUUCUAGAAAAAACGGUUAUUUUGUGAUAUAUCUAAAUUCUCGUUAGGAAAUCACCAGUACAAUCAUUUGGAACAAGCCACGUGGAUAAAGGUUGGCAUCAUGUCUCAGAAGCAGAUAUAUUACUCUGACAAAUACGAUGAUGAGAAAUUUGAGUAUAGGCACGUGAUGCUGCCCAAGAACAUUGCCAAGCGUGUGCCCAAGACCCAUCUGAUGUCAGAGAUUGAGUGGAGGAACCUGGGCGUCCAGCAGAGUCAAGGCUGGAUACACUACAUGAUCCAUCAACCAGAGCCCCACAUCUUGCUGUUCCGUCGUCCACUGCCUGCAGCCUGAUCUCUCGGACAGAGGGCGAGAACCCAUAGGGAAGAAGAUAAGAGGGUGGCUGGAGAUGGUUGAACACAACUCCGUUGGAUGGAUAAAGACUAUUUUGUAAAUACUGCAUCGUAUACAGUGGAGCCAGAGUCGAGCUCCAACCCACUGACUCACUCACUGUAAAGCCUUUCACAUUUCCUCUGGACCUGCUUGGAACCCUUUCAUAUUUUUCUCUAUAUGUACUAGCUUGAUAAUGUUGCCAAUGUGUGCGUCUGGGAAGAAAAGGAAAAUAGCAACACAUUUUCAUUAUUCUCAACUUUAACCCACUACCUACUGUGAGUUGACUAACAUCUAAUUUUAAGGCAGAUAGUAAGAUGGUAAAUGUUCAAAUAUAGGAGGUGGCAUUUUGGCAGUACAAAUGUGCAGGGAUGUUACUGAAAUUACUGAUCAUAUACCUGUUAUAGCACUUGAUUCAAAACUUAUUUUGAAUACUGCAGAUUGCAUCAAGUGUAUGCACUCUUACGCUGUACAAAUGAUAGCCCUCUGGAUAUUGUGGAGUAAAAGGUUUUUUAAAAUGUUAAUAUAAAUCGUGACCUGCUGCAGUUAUACUGUAGACUGUCUGCAUUUUUAGAGCUGUCAAAAUGGGACCCAAUAUCUUCGUUGCCAUGUCUAUGAUUGUACAAAUCAGCUGCUCAGUUUUUAUGAAUUCUUGUACACUAGAAUUUUUUUAAUUUGACAUUCUUCUCACAGAUUGUAAUUUAGUUCUGCACUUUUUAACCUUUUUACAUUUUGCCGGUUUGCUUAUAGUGGUGUUAAAAGUGGCUUUGUAGUUGGAUAGAUUACAUGUCUAAAGUUUGGACACCUGGACACACUCAUUCAAGGGUUUUUAUUUAUUUGAACUUUUAUACAUUGUAGAAUAAUAGUGAAGACAUAAUUAUGGAAUCAUGUAGUGCUCAAAGUGUUAUUUUAUA